AACUUUGAAAUCUAAAAUAAGGACUAAACUGCUUUUCAUCAUUUACUUUUCUGCCCUUUGAGAUGCCAGAAGCAAUUUCCUCUUGAAGCGGACUUCCUUUCUGGAAUGAUUUUCGUCUCCAACCAUGCUGAGGCUCUUUUCUCAUUCUUUCAUUCUGACUAACUUGCUUUUUUUUUCCUCUGACUUACUGCUGCAUUUGAGUAGUACUACUGGAGAUCUUGCCAUGGGGUGCGGACUGAGAAAGCUGGAAGACCCAGAUGAUAGCAGCCCUGGAAAAAUUUUUUCUACAUUGAAGAGACCACAAGUUGAAACAAAGACGGAUUCUGCUUAUGAAUAUGUAUUGCUGGAUUUUACUUUAGAAGCUUCCUCAAAUCCUGAAGUUAUCAAAAUCAGUUCUGUGUUGGAUAUAGCAUCUAAGGUGGAAGAAUAUUACGACGAAGGAUAUGUUGUAGGAGCUAUUCAUCCUAUUCUACUGCCAAUUGGAUGUAGAAGGAAUUUCCCUGCAAGUCAUAUGUAUCGGGUGGUACUUUCAAGAUUAAAAUUAAGCCAGAAGCAUGCAGCACCCAGAGAACAAAGGCACCCCAGGCUGGUGAUUGAGGAAUGUCCUUUAACGUAUGAAAUGACAAAUGAGGUAGUGAAAGAACUUUUAGAAAAGGUUAAUGAAGCAGCUAAAAGAGGAAAGAAGUUUGUGGGCUUUGUAACACAACAUUUUCCUCAACCUAAAGCCUGUAAUGGAACAAGCACAGAUGGAAGUGCAGAGCUGGAAUCAACACUAGGCAGAAGACACAGGGAACCCAGAAGAAUACUUUCUGAUGAAGACUACAAAAACUGGAAUGAAAGGUCACUGUGUGGUCACUCUAUUGAGAGUGGGAAUGAAAAAGAAAUGCAAGCAGAGAGUGGACUGUUACAGGAUGCAGAUUUCCAGUUUGGAAAAGGUCCUAUUAAGCCACAAGAAGGAGACGACAAGCUGUAUACAGUCUUCAAUGUUUUUGAUGAUGACUCUACCUGCUGGACCUAUCAUGAGGGCAUCUUGUCCAUGAAAGUAACAAGAAAGGGACCAGUUAUUAGUACACUGGAAGCAGACUGGCUAGAACUAACUACAUUUUAUUAUAAACAAGGAUUGUCCUUAACUGAUUCUUUUGUACACUGGGAAACUUCUAAAGGUGAUUAUUUGCCCAAAUCUUUAGAAGGAAUACUUAUCUACGAAGAAGAAGGUGCUGGGGUUCCAGGUUCUAACAGGAAAGGAAAUGAUGCAAUAGUAGUUGAACAAUGGACAGUUAUUGAGGGGUGUGAAAUUAAAACAGAUUACGGACCUUUAUUGCACACACUGGCUGAGUUUGGAUGGCUCCUGACCUGUGUCCUGCCUACACCUAUUGUACGACAUGACAGUGAAGGAAACCUGGCCACAAAGCAAGUUGUUUUUCUUCAGAGACCUGUUAUAUGGAAUUCUGCUGUCCAGAUGCCAGAGAAGAAAUCCUUAAGGCAAGUUAUUGGGGAGGAAAAAAGCAAAGUUGGUAGCAGAAGUGUUGGAUUAGACACAGCUACUUCUCGCCCUGUAGAAAUUGGACAACCACCUGAUGAGUUUCAUCUGUCUCCUAAACAAUGUUGGAUCAAGGAGGCCUCCUCCCAGUAUGGAGGCUUUCCCGGAUUCAGUAGCAGUGAUGGAUUAUUAAGGGAACUGGAUGAUGGACAAUUUGACCAGGAAGAUGGAGUCACUCAGGUCACAUGUAUGUGAUGAAGUAAGUAACUGCAUCAGAUGGACAUGUACAUAAUUCACCCAAAUGUAAAACAAACCAAGUCCAUGCUACUUUAAAUGCAUUGAUAUAAUCCUGUGACUUUUCCCAGACUCAUUUUGUAUUUUCGUCUGUUGUGUUAACCCUACUGUAGUAAUAAUACUACUGGCAAA